AUGACCCAAGAAAUCGACCCGGAACUACUCCGCACAUCUCUCGAAGACCGAGUGCGGUAUCUUCGCGACUUCCUUAACUUCCACGCCCACGACGCAGAAUUGAUCAAGAAGGUGGGGCCAUUGGUGUACGGACUCAUCCCCAAGAUCGUCGAUGACUUGUACGCGAAGUUAUUCGAGUUCGACAUCACCAAGCAAGUGUUUAUGCAACGGAAUGAAGGGUUUGAUGGUCCCCUUCCGACGCGGUUAGAAGACCUGACGCUCGACAGCGCUCAACUCAUCUAUCGGAAGAUCUUUAUGAAGACAUGGGCUCGGCGGAUCAUGACAAUGGACUAUACUGCCCUCAAGUCUUACGCUUACCUUGACAAGGUUGGCAUCAUGCACACUGGUGUCAAGUCCUUCAAGCACCGCGACCACACCAAGCCUCUUCAUGUUCCAUAUCGGGACAUUGCUCUCACUUUGGGCUGGGUGUUGACCGUGCUGCAAACCUCCAUCCUACAACUCUCAGAAGAUCAACUUUCAGCUUCUGACAAGGUCGAGUCUCUUGCUGCUAUCAACAAGGUCAUCUGGAUACAGAACGAUCUUUUCGCCCGACACUAUAUUUCCGAGUAA